UCCAAUCACAGCUGAUCACAUGUAAACAGGGAAAUGGGACAUGUACACAGAUCAUAAGAGCACUGAUUAUCAGUGUGCCCUGAUGAUCUGUGUAGCCCCAGCAGUGCCACCUGUCAGUGUCCAUCAGUGCCAGCUGUCACUGCUCAUCCAUGCCACCUGCCAGUGCCCAUCAGUGCCACAUCAAUGCCAUAUAUCAGUGCCCAUCUGAGCUGUCUUUCAGUGUCACCCAUCAGUGCCAGUCAGUGCCGCCUAUCAGUGCCAUAUAUGAAUGCUGCCUUUCAGUGCCCAUCAGUGAUGCCUGUCAAUGCCCAUCAGUGCCACCUACCAGUGCCUCCUCAUCAGUG